AUGUUACCGUAUCAAUUUGAUGAUUUACUUCAAAAAAUUGAGCCAUUUCUUCCACGUGGUGGUUUACGACGUCCUUUACCAUCAGAAUUAAAACUUGCAUUAACUCUAAAUUUUUUAGCACAUGGUGAUAGUGCUCGUUCUAAAUCUUGGGAAUUCAGAAUUGGUCGAUCUACCGUAUACAAAAUUGUUCAAGAAUUUCCAAAUUGUAUCGAUGCGCUUGAUGGCAAGCACAUUCGCAUUAAAGCAUCACCAAAUUCUGGAUCAAAAUAUUUUUGUUAUAAAAAAUUCUUCAGUAUAGUUUUGAUGGCAAUAUGCAACCACAAGUAUCGUUUUCUGUGGGUAGAUAUCGGUCAAUUUGGAUCUAUUAGUGAUGGCGUAUGGAGUGAGACUGGGCUUGGAAGAUGUGUGGGACAAGGAAGUUUUAAUAUACCACCACCAUGUGAAUUGCCUGGUACAAAUAUUAAAAUUAAUCAUGUCCUUGUCGCUGAUGAGGCAUUUCCUUUAGGUAUGAACUUGUUAAAACCAUAUUCGCAAAAGUUCCUUGCUAAUGGUGGUGAAGAUGCUGAUAAAGCUCGUGUAUUUAAUUACCAUCUAUCAAGAGCACGAAGAAUUAUUGAAAAUGCAUUUGGUAUACUAGCAUCUAGAUGGCAAAUUCUUCUGAAAGGCUGUAAUUUUUAUCCUGAAAAUGUGGAUCACAUAAUUAAAGCAUUAAUAUGUUUGCAUAAUUUCAUCAUGGACGAUGAAACACAGAAACCUGCUUGUACAAGGCUUUACUGUCCUCCGAAUUUUAUAGAUAGGGAGAAUGAAAAUCAUGAAAUCAUGGAAGGUGCCUGGCGAGGCCUGGGAGAUAACUCAACGCUUUAUAAAGACCUUGUUAAUAUGAAAGGUAAUAGUGGAACAAAUGCUGCAAAAGCUCAAAGAAACGUAUUUCGUGAAUAUUUUGUGUCGGAAGCUGGAUGCAAUCAGGUCCCAUGGCAAUUUCAAUCAGCACUAAGAGGAUAUUGUAUUAAUAUAUAA